UCUUUGCUGAUAUGGAGAACACCUUGGAUGUGGGCAUGCAUCAACAUCGAAGAUAAGUUCUACAAGGUGGCCAUGGAUGAUCCAUCUUGCAGUUGCAGAUUCCUGUUGUUGCUGUUGCUAUGUUUUGUAGCAUGUGUUCUCCUGGAGUCUGCUGCUUCUGUUCAUUCAUGGUGUCCGUUACAUCCCAGCCCGGGGCAGGAAGCAAAGUUUAAGCAGAAGACAAACAAGUUUUGGGAGUACAAGGAACAGAGCAAUACCUGGGUGGAAAUAAGCAUGCCUUUCAAUUUGAUGUCCUGCAUCAAUGAUACCUGCACAAAGGUAGGAUCAAUCGAGCAACUGGAAAGGAGACAUGGACAUGCUUCUAUUUCUAGUCAGAAGAACAUAGAGCUUGAUGGCAGUGAUCAAGCUGAUAGAAAUGAUCCAGUCUUACCAAUAAGAAAAAGGAUUUCCUUGACAAGAAUGUCAGAAUCAUCUGUGUGGGUGACAGGGCAAAGUGGAUCAAUAUAUGAGAGGUUCUGGAACGGGCUGGUAUGGGUGAUUGCUCCUCAUGAACUACCGAUUUCAGCUGGCUAUGCUACAGCAACUUUCAUUGUUAAUACAACUAUUCUUGCUCUCUCUGAGGCUGGAAUCCUCUAUCAACUACAGUUAAAUGAACAUGCACAGCCUAUCUGGACAGAGGUGACAUUCAACUCCGAACAACAAUUCACAGACCUUGGAGAAAAAACACAAAGUCAAGCUAUGUACAUAAGAAACGGGAUAGUAUCCUAUGAUGGAAGGAAACUUUUCCUAUCUAUCACAAAUGGAUCCCUGCUAGAGGUCACAGAACUUCAGCCCCUAAGGUGGAUUUACCAUGGCCGCCCACCAGGAGGAGAUGUAUCAUAUAUAUCUGAUGCUGGGAACGCAAGACCAGGGACAGUGUUCACAGUAAGUUCUAUGGGAGACUUGUAUGAGUUUGACAAAGAGUCAAGACCAUCAUGGAAAAAGCACAUAUGGAGUGAAGAAACAGCAGAAAAUGUCUCAUUAAGCUCAUCAAUUGGAUGUGCUUUGCAUGGCCUGCUAGGAUCUAACUCAGUGUCCCUUUUCCUGAUAACAAAGGAUGGUUUAUUAGUGGAGCGUCGCUUGCAUAGAAGGAAGUGGAAAUGGUAUAAACAUGGAGCUCCUAAGAGUCAAAGACUUAGUUCCAUUACAGAAGUGCAACAGGAUGAAUCUAAUGACGCACCUUCAAUGUAUUUUACGACAACCACAGGAAAAGUAUAUGAGUAUCAAUUCCCAAAAUACAGAGGUGGAGCUCAAAGCAAUAAGAUCAGAGGGCUAUGGGUCAAUCAUAUGUCUCCUGAGAAUACAAAGGUCGCAAGAAACGUCCAGGGUGUACAGAUUCAAGUUAGCCGAAUGAUAUUCCCACUGGAUGAUGGCAGGCUUGGGGAGCUGCAUUUGCCUGGUAUGGGUGGUGACGAUUUUGGUCCAAGUCAACACUAUAGCAUGAAAAGGAAAGUGCCAAACAAGUAUGAGUGGUCCAUUCUAGAUGCACCAGAAACAGAAGGGUGGAAUGCAGAAUAUUGCACAGAGGAGCAUGGUCCAAUAAACUGUAUUACCGGAGCAAAAAAUGUAGCUGCAGAUACCAAACCAAAUGACUUGAGCAAUAUCCCGCCUUCCAGAAGGCGUAAAGAAGACGAUAAGCAACAAUACCUGUAUGUUACUACCCAUGAGAGAGAUGACACGGAAUCAUAUUACUUUCUAUCAAGAAGUAUUGAUCUAAACUUCCAUAUGCGGGUGAUGCAUGCAGAUAGAUCACUUUUUCUCAUAACAGAUAAUGGCUUUACUUUUGAAUAUCUAAACAACAACGGUGUCUGGCUAUGGCUAAGACAUGAACACAGUACUUCCAUGAAAGGUACAGUAGGAAGCUAUAAUGGCAGCUUGUAUCUUGUCGACGUUUACGGGAACCUGCAUAUUAGAGAAAGAAAUGGAGAUGAACUAUUAUGGAUCAAUUGCACAGCAAUGAGGAAGGGAAGACAGGUCGCGAGUGGGUCUCCAUGGGAUGGCAUCCCAGGUUUACCACGCAGAGUGACGACAGAUGACGCACUCUUCUUUGUUAACAAGAGAGGCAGGCUGCUACAGUUCACGGUUGCAUUACGGAAAUUCAAGUGGAAGGACUGCCAAAGCCCUCCAGAUACCAAGGUUGCAUUCAUAGUGGAUCAGGAAGUCUUCAGACGAAAUGUCAUCUUUGUGGUUGGCCGCAAUGGCCGCCUAUACCAGUACAACAGAAUCACAGAGCUAUGGCAUAAGCACUACCAAUCACCUCAUCUCAUCCUCUCACGAUCACCAGGGACAGCAAUGAGGCCGUCCCAUCUCUCCCUCACCGGUUCAAUCUUCAUGGUAUCAGAGCACGGCGGCCUAGUUGAGUACCAUUUCAGCCCCCAGGACGGGUGGGAGUGGGUGGAGCACGGGACUCCCCACCGGGACGUGACCAUCGCCGGCGCCCCGGGGCCGUGCUUCGACGGCUCCCAGCUGUUCGUCAUCGGGUCCGACGGCAACGCCUACCGGCGACACCUUGAAGACUGGACGUGGAAGUGGACGAACCACGGGCACCCGUCGGCACCGCCCGCCGUGCCGGCGCUGGACACGGCGGGUGGCGGCGACAAGAGCUGUGCCACCCCGGGCUCCGCCGACGCGCACUACGCGGACGGCUUCGUGGGGAACUGUGACGAAAAGGUGGCGGGCGCGCGGCCGGUGCCGUUCUCGGAGGAAGCGGUGGUCUUCGAGCUACGGGAUGGCAGGCUGGCGGAGCUGCGGCGAGGAGGAGCGGACGGGUGCGGCGGCUGGGAGUGGGCGCGGAUCAUCGGCACGCCGGCCAGCGCCUGCAUGACCAGCUACUGGACGGCCGUCGCCACGUAGCCGCCGCCGCCGCCCGCCGAAGCGAGAGCGCAGCGCGCGCGGGCGGCGCUGAAAUUUUGGCGCGAGCGAAAGGUGUAAUACGUGUACAGUAAGUUGUACUGUGCCAGUAUAGGCUAGUUGCACAGUAGGGCGAUACGGGUAUAGUACACUGUACACCGUAUUAAUACGAGUAUAUUUUAAGGAUUAAUAGUCUAUUUAGGUAGAGUAGAAUGUACACGCUCAGGGUUCUUGAUGGGCCUUCGUAUCAAACAUCAUGAGUUCAUGACGCGUCCUAACUUAUCAAAGCAUAUGAAAAACCCAAAUAGCUCUUUGAAUACUCGCAGGCUCAUAUU